AUGGAUAUGAAAGCUCAUGAAGUUCAUUCAGGUCAUUUUAUGGUUAGUAUUCUUGAAGAUUCUGAAGAUGAAACAGAAGAUUCAAACGAUUUAAUCACUGAACACAUCACUACAUACAAUUCUAAACAUAACAAUGAUCAAUCUAAUGUUAAAGAUAAAAACAGACUGGUUUUUGAAAAUCUUGCUUCACUUUUUAAAUAUUUGGAAGUUGCUUAUAAUGGAAAAUUGACAAGCCCAAAAUGGGAUAAAUUUCGUGGUUUACGAUUUGCAAUAAAAUAUAAAAUUCGACUUAACAAUAUAAUUUGGCGAGAAUAUCAUAUGCAAUAUGUUAAAAAAUUAAAGCCAGUUGUUGUACAAUUCCAGACGCCUAUAUGUGAAGAUCAUUCGAAAACUGAAGCAGUUAUAUUAGAAGGAAAAUAUUGGAAAAGGCGUGUAAGUACUUUAUGUAAGGAGUAUAGUCUUUGGAGAGUAUUUGCUAAAAAUAGAAUAUACAGCUCACAAAAUAGACAAAUUAUACAAUGUGCUAAUGAAUUACUCGAGGAGUCGGAUUUAUGUUCUUAUCAAUUUAGUGAUUUAUCAAAGAAUACAUCAUCAAAACUUAUGGAAGAAAUAAUGAUGGAUAUUGAUGAAAAUCUAGAUUUAUUUUUUGAUCAACCAAUAACAUUUCCACAUCCAAGAGAUUUACCUACUUUGAGUAAUGCUGAUAUAAUUCAACCAGGUUUACAACAACUUCAACCUGAUAGAAGUUCAUGCAAUGAUAUGUCGUAUAAUAUAUUUCAAUCUAGUGAGCCUAACUUGACAUUUCAAUAUAAUAGUAGUUCAUCUGAUGUACAUUCAUGUGAAAAUGGAUGGUCUAAAUCAAACUAUUUGUCUAAUAAAUAUGUACCUGAGACAUUUUCAAGCACAAUUCUACCUCUUCCUGAGACUAAACCAAAUUGUAACCUACCUCUUACUGAACGUUUCAAUAUAGUUGAUUCGUCUUCUCAACCUUGCUCAUCGGUUUUGCCAGAAGAUCAUAAAUCUGGUUUUUUGGAUAUGACUACCACCAGUAGUGAAGGAUGUGGAUCUUAUUUAAAUAACAAUAUUAACGAAACAGAUUACCAUGGUCCCCAUCCCUAUCGACCAUCGUUUCCUGUAUCUUCCAAUCGUUACUUUCUACAUCAACCCAGAGUUGCUGGUCAACAUGAAAGCAGUAACAAUUCUGUUAUUAUGGAGUCGAAAUGUGAAUUAACAACGAGUUUAAUGCAUCCAAAAGAUCAUGUAACUGAACCUAUGCAAUCGUCUUGUUAUAGUAUAGAAUCAAGUAAAGAAAAAGGUAUUCAUCCAAACAAAUCUGCUCUUUUAAAUGCUUUACUGAGUGGUAGUAGUAGUAGUAGUAGUAGUAUUAGUCGGAAUUCCAACUUGUCUAGUGAUUGCAUGAACAUGAGUGCAUUUCAAGGAACUUCGAAGUGUUGUCCAUCGCCUUUACUUUGUAAUGCUUUAAACAAUUCAGAAAACUGUUUUAAUAUUUCGUUCAAUAAAAAUCCAAUCCAUCUCAAAGAUGCAUCAAACAAAUUUGUCCAGAUCAAAAACAACCCUAGUCCUUUUACAAAUCCAAAAGAAUUAUCAAAUCCAUACACACACUCUGGUUAUUCUUAUAAUAAUCAUCCAUCCAUUACUUCAAUGAAUACAGUACAAAAUGUUCCGAUUCCCAAGAUUGAUUCAUCGGAUGUUACAGAUAAAAUGUCAAUUCCAAUGGGGAGGAACUAUGGCGUAUCCAAUGUCGGUUCUGUAACUCAGAAGCAUGAAUCCAGUUUAUCGGUAUCUCGAACAGAUGCUUCAUCUUUACCUAUGUCUCAUAAUCGUUUGAUAAAAAAUUGUAAAACAGAAUAUAUUAGCUUUGGUGUUACUGAUCUUUUAAUGCGAAAUCCCAAUGAUAAUUACUUCAAUAACACUGAAACAAUUUCUCAACAAAAUUCACUUGAUUUACAAAAAUCUUUUAUUAGAAAUAAUAAUGACAGUGUAUCAUCUGUUAGUGGUGGUGGUCUACCGUUAGAACGAAAAAAUAAUUCAAACAUACAAACAUUGGAUCCAAACAAUUCUAUCAUACAAACUACUAUUAUCAAAGGCAAUAAUGAAUUUUCUACAUCAACAAUGCAAAAAAAUCUUUCUAUUACACCGAAUACAGGUUUUAAUUUUUCCAAUUGUCAUUCACCAUCAGAAUCAAAUAUGUUUUCUUUUUCAAAUAAUAAUCCACUUGGCAACAAUGUAUUGUACACAGAAGAUUCAAAUUCUGAAUUAGAAACUUUAGUACCUGGUAGUUGGAAUGAACCUCAAAUGUUUUCAUCACAUACAAUUAAUAUUACUCUAAAUGAUAUGGAUCAAUUUCCGAAAACAUCAAUUACAAAUGAUAAAUGUGUCAAUGUAUCAUCAUCUACUAAGAUUAUUGAAAGUAAUCAUUCAUCAUCAAUACGUGGACGAUCCAAUUCAGCUGGGAAUUUAUUCUCACUUCAACAUAAUCCAAUGCCUAGUUGUUCAGUUCAAGACUCAGCUACAACAACAUCAAGUUAUGGCAGUACAGAAAUUCUAUCUCCAAUGUUUUGUAAUAAUCAUAAAGGAUUUCUAUAUGCUACUUCACCAUCGUGUUCUCCACCUUCAGUUUCAGAACAAACUGAUCAACAAGCUAAACAUAUUCUAGGAAAUUCCUGUGAAGAGCGUCGACGUCAAUCUAUGCAAUCUGGUUUACAAACUUUGCGUCACCUGUUAAAAUUACACUCCAAUGGAGAUAAUCAUGUUGGUAAUAAUCGUCCAACCACUCGUAGAAAUCUUAAUACUUUAGAAAUGUCUACCAUGUCUGGAACUACUUAUUCACUUGGUGAUACAGAUAUGCCCAAUGAAAUGCAUAAUGUUGGAUUACGUUCAUCGAGUGGUUUGGAUUUUGUAUCGGAUGAACAAAUGAUGGCAACAGGAACUGCUGAAGUUGGCAGUACUGGUCGAGCAUCAAAAGCUGCAACAUUAAGAAAUGCUGCAGAAUUAAUUCGAAAAUUAAGAGAUGAACGAAAUUUAUUAGAAACACAAUGUACAAAUCUUAAGAGUGAAGUGAAAGCUUUAAAAAGUGCAAUUAACAUGUUUUGUGAAAAAUUACCACAAUCCAAUUCCUUCACUUUGACAAGGCCAAUAACAGAUCAAACAUUAAAUUCUUAUUAUACUGAAUGGUUUCAUACUUAUGUACGUAAACAAACUGAAGCAAAUUGGAAAUUUUAUUUAUUCAGUUUAAUUAUUGAUAGGAUAUUCAAAUCCUAUUGUCAUACAACUAUACCAAGUUCACGUGAUCAAUUUAUUCGAUCUGUCUAUAGUUGGUUAGAUGCGAAUUGUUCCUUAGUACAAUUAAGACCUGCUGUAAUGCAAGCUUUAUGUACUCUUGGUAAAACUACUUCUGUCUUACAAGAACCAAACAAAUUACCUGAACAAUCGAGAUCAGCCUCUAUUGCAAAUUUAUUUUAA